AUGGAUCUUUCUCGCAAUAAUUUGUCAGGUAUGAUACCGGUGACUUUCAAAAAGAUGAAAAUGCUUCAACAUCUCAAUCUCUCUUCAAACAAGUUGACUGGAGAGGUCCCAAAGGAAGGAGCUUUCGCAACACUCGAUGCCUCAGAAGUUAUGGGAAAUCUUGGCCUCUGUGGUGGAUGGAUAAACUUGCCACCGUGCUCUCAUUCCAAUCACAAACAGCCAUUAGUCUCCAAAAAGGUGAUUAUUCCUGUCAUAGUAGGCAUUGCAAUUUUGAUCAUGUCUCUUCUAUUGGUAGCAUUUUCUUAUAUAUUAUGUAGACAUUCCAGUACCCCUGCUCUCAAUGUAUGGCCUCCAAAAAUUUCAUAUGAAGAACUUGUAGAUGCAACUGGUGGGUUUAGUGACGAAAAUCUUUUAGGAAUUGGUAGUUUUGGGUCAGUUUAUAAAGGAAUUCUAAAGAAUGGUACAAAUAUUGCUGUUAAAGUUAUCAAGUUGCAAGAUCAACAUGCUCACCAAAGUUUUAGCAGAGAAUGCAAUGUAUUAAAGAGAGUUCGACAUCGCAAUGUAAUAAAAAUAAUUUCAGCAUGCUCCAAUCUUGAUUUCAAAGCCUUAAUUCUUCCAUUCAUGUCAAAUGGAAGUUUAGAGAGAUGGUUGUAUCAUUCAGAAGGCGGUAGAUGGAGAUUAAAUUUGAGUGAUCGAAUAAGGAUAGCAAUGGAGAUAGCAGAAGGAAUGACAUAUCUUCACCAUUAUUGCUUUGUUCAAGUGAUUCACUGCGACCUCAAGCCCAAUAAUGUCCUGUUAGGAGAUGACAUGACUUCAUACAUCGCAGAUUUUGGCCUUUCCAAUAUUAUUUUCGGCAAUUCCGUGGAUUCUUUGACUUCUACAGAUGCACUUAAAGGAUCUGUUGGCUACAUUGCACCAGAAUAUGGAAUAGGUGGAAAGCUUACUACAAAAGGAGAUGUAUAUAGUUAUGGAAUUUUAAUUCUAGAGUUAUUGACAAGGAGGAGACCAACAGAUGAUAUGUUCACUGAAGGAAUCAAUCUACAAAAAUGGAUAGAAAUGCAUUUUCCAAAUAGAAUCUCAGAUGUGGUGGAUAAUUGUUUGCUUAUAGAUGCUCAUGAAUCGGGGACAUCAAUGCUGUUUACUGGUGUCUGUUUUUUGUUCAAUGAAGAAUUCCGAGGAAGGAAAUGUUUACAGCCAUAUAAUAGGUGUAUAUUACCUUAUUCUCAAGUCUAUAUAAUUGGUUUUAAGGCUUUCUGUAUAGCAUAG